AUGUACCCAAAUGACGAGGAAAAGAUAGCCUUCAUCACCAAAGACGUGAACAUUUGCUACAAAGUCAUGUCGAUUGGAUUGAAGAAUGCAGGAGCUACCUACAACCGACUGAUGAACAAGGUGUUCCUUGAUCAAAUAGUACUAGAAGAUAGAGAAGUUAGCCUUAGCCUUGGUUAUCAUAGCUUGGAAGCUCAUACCUUAUUUCCAGAUUCAUCAAAUCACUAUGCUAACCGAUCAACCGAUCAGGUAUUGUUAGACUUCUAUGUUGAAUUAUCUUCGCGUACUCAAGUUUUCGAUAGUAACCCUUGGACAUUAUCAGUGGAUGGAGCUUCAAACAUCAAGGGAAGCGGGGCGGGAAUAAUCUUGGAGGGACCAGAUGGGCUUCUGAUCGAACAGUCCCUUCGUUUUAACUUCAGGACGAGCAAUAACCAAGCCGAGUACGAAGCCCUCAUCGUUGGGCUAGGCUUGGCCAAGGAAGUUGGAGCUACUAAGCUGAUUGCAAGGAACGAUUCCCAGCUGGUGAUUAACCACGUUAAAGGUGAAUUCCAAGCAAAAGAUCAUCAGCUCAGCAAGUAUCUCAACAAGGUCAAAGCCUUAUCCGAGGCCAUCGAGUCCUUUAACAUUGAGUAUGUUCCAAGGGAGCAAAAUUUAAGAGUAGACUUGCUCUUAAAGCUCGAUAGCACCAAGGCUCUAGGAACCAACCAGUCGGUUAUAUAG